GGCAGGAAUAUUCGCAAACAGGCUGCACAGACAGAAUUCUGCCGAGGCUGCCAUACGCACUCAUCUGAUAUCAUUUUCACCCAGUUUCGUUGCCUUUUGGCGGUGUUGCGCAGUCCCGUCCGUGGUGCAGUUCCCCAUUGAGCAGGGCAGCCAAACCCUAACAAUUCCCCAAACGGGUAAGCGAGCUUUGGCGCCGCGCCCCCCCGAGCCUUUAGGGCAAAAGUUCAGAAUUUCUCAACUCCAGUCCGCCGAACCCACGUCGUCGAAUCAGUCACCACAGCAAAGCCGUCGAGAUGGUUCGAUACGCCGCGACCGAGAUCCAGUCCUCCAAGUCGGCCCGCGCCCGCGGUGCCUACCUGCGAGUCUCCUUCAAGAACACCCGCGAGACCGCCCAGGCCAUCAACGGCUGGAAGCUGCAGCGCGCCGUUGCCUUCCUCGAGAACGUCAAGGAGCACAAGGAGGCUGUCCCCAUGCGACGAUAUGCCGGCAGCACCGGCCGCUGCGCCCAAGGCAAGCAGUUCGGUGUCUCCAAGGCCCGGUGGCCCAUCAAGUCGGCCCAGUACCUCCUGGACCUCCUAAAGAACGCCGAGGCCAACGCCGAUGCCAAGGGCCUCGACACCGGUGCCCUGGUCGUCAAGCACAUCCAGGUCAACCAGGCUCCCAAGCAGCGCCGCCGAACUUACCGUGCCCACGGUCGCAUCAACCCCUACAUGUCGAACCCCUGCCACAUCGAGCUGAUCCUGACCGAGGGCGAGGAGGUUGUUCAGAAGUCUGACCAGGUUGUCGGCCGCGAGGAGCUCCGUCUCAACUCGAGACAGCGUGGUGCCCGCGUCCGCAAGGCCAUCACUGCCGCAUAAAGGAAGCGCGCAGGGAUCGGGUUCCGGAGCAUAGGGGAGGGGGAGGGGUAAACUGUUUACUGAGUGGUUCGUGGCUUUUCAUCUCCUGGUGUAUGGCAGGCUACGGAUGGGAGCAUGGCAUUAAAAGGGAAAGAUCGCAUGCAAAUUUCCUCUUUUUUCGCAUGGGUUCUUGACGAAAUAAACUCAAACGAAAGUCACACACGGGCUUUGUGGAAUAUGUGACGUGACGCUUAUCCGUUAGUCCACCUGCCCCAGAAGACGGACAGGACUGCUCUGCAGGAAGCAUCGUGCACCGUGCGUUCUGAAGUGGGAUUUUUACGGGGGCCUUGCUGGUUGAUGCAGGGUGCGGCUCACGGCACAACACAACACUUGAUGGUUUGGUAUCGGGGCCACGAGGCAUGAUUAAAUAGUCAUCUCUCCAUCUAAACGGGCAGCUUGUGAUGCACACUCGACCGCCAUUGGGGGGUAUCAUCUUCGUCUUUUCCAGUGCGCCAACGCCCCUAGCACAUCCAUCCGC